GAAAAAAGUUCUUUAGACGGAUGAAGUGAAGUUAUAGAUGAUUGAGCUUUCCAUUCCCCAGCAACACUUCAAUAGAGUGCCUGUCAGCCUUUAUGUGAAAACUCUCCGAGAUUGCUUUCUCCGUUCAAGAUACUUGAGAAGAAAAGGGUGGAGCCGCUCAAAUCAACUUUUGUUUAUAUCAUAUAAGAAACCAGCGCCCCUUUUACUACACAGCUGCUUUUCGGAGACGAAGUUAAACUACUCUGCCAAGGAACAGCGGCGCAAUGGGGGAUUUGAUCUCAACUCAUCUUGAUGAAAGUAAACGGGAGGUUAUUACAUCACGGACAGGGGUGCUGAUGGGAGAGUUUGGUCGACUAUAUGAAAAGCAGUAUGCAGUCGCUCUCUUUAACAAGAUGCGCUAUGACAUGGAGGGUGGGGGAGGCCCUCAACCCCAGCUCCUGCACAGGAAGGUGCCUCUUAAUAAUAAGUCCAUCUUCUCAGGGGCUUUGUUCCAAUAUCUAGAAGAAAAUAAAAAAUGGAGGAAUGGUUUUCUCUUUAUACCUGACUCCUUCAACAUCAACUAUUAUGAAAACAAACAGGCCCAUGACAGAGGCCUGCAUCCUAAAGGCACUAUUAAUUGUGCUGGCUACAGGGUCCUGACUUCUAUGGAGGAAUAUCUUGAGCUCCUUAACACCAGCCUCCCAGGUGUAAAAGCUAAAGUUGGCACUUCUCCAUUCCUAAAAUGUGUGACACAGUUUCCCCUUAUACUCUGGCACCCUUAUGCACGUCACUACGUUUUCUGUGUGGUGACCGAGAAGGAGCAGCAGAAAUGGAAUGCUGUCUUUCAGGAUUGUGUCCGGCACACCAACAACGGAUUGUCUGAAGAAUGUAAAGUUCAGACCCCGGCAUUCACAGACACGGUGCGACUCUAUCGACAGGCACAUGGACAUUAUGGAACCUGGGAUAUGAUGUGCGGGAUGCCUCAACAGAUUCUUGCCAAUUUAGUGAUGGAGACCCUCCUCCCUGAGCUGAAAGACCUCAUCACCCCCAAACUGAAGGGCAAAAUGCAUGAGAGACAGAUGAAUUGGAUGCUGAUAUCAGAUGCAAUGUAUGGGCUGGUUCAGAGCCAGACUCAAGCGCAGUAUGAAGCAAUAGUGCAGAGCUGUGAAGCAGGUAGCCCCCCACUGGAAAACACUAUCCGCACAGACAUGGACCAGAUCAUCUCUUCCAAAGAACAUGUGACCAGCAAAAUCAGAGCUCUUGUUCUGCCCAAAGCAGAGAAGCUUCUGAAGGUGAGUAUCCAACCGUAUAUCAGCUCUAUCCUGGAAGCUUUGAUGGAACCCACCAGCAGAGGUUUCUUUGAGGUGCGAGACUUGUUCUUCAGGGAGUUGGUGGAUAUGAGCAAGAACCUUCUCAAUGAUGGCAACAAGGAAAGGCUUGGAGAACACAUGGAGAAGAUCUCCAUGCUAGCCUUCCAUCCUGUGAAGAUGCAGAUCUGCUAUGAGAGAGUGGAGACACUGAGUUUAGAGGGACUGCAGCAGCGGUUUGACGUUUCCAGCCCCUCUGUGUUUGUCCAGAGAGCCCAAAUCUUAAUUAGAGAGCAAAUGGAUGAUGCAGUGUACACAUUUGAGCAGCUCCUGCACCAGAGUCUGGAGUGCCAAGAAGGAGAAGACCUCUGCAAAACCAUCCAGCGCUGCCAGGAUCGUGUCAUCAAGAAAUUUGACUAUGAUAGCAGCACUGUUCGUAAGAAGUUCUUCAGAGAGGCUCUUCUCCAGAUAUUCAUCCCUUACAUGCUGAAACAGCUCUCUCCAACAUGCUCUGCUGAACUCCCUCAUUUCCAGGAGCUGAUCUUUGAAGAUUUCUCUCGUUUCAUUCUGGUGGAGAAUAUCUUUGAGGAAGUGGUAUUGCACACAGUUCUGAAAGACAUAAUGAUGGCUGUGAAGGAAGCAGCUGUCCAGCGGAGACACAACCUGUACCGAGACAGCAUCAUUCUUAACAACAGUGACCCGAAUCUUCUCCUUCUGGGAGAGAACCCUCCAAUUGACUGGGCUGGGGGGUAUGGAGGAGGCCAAGAGGAGGUGGAUGGAGAUGAUGAAGGACAAGUGGGAGAUACAGAAGCUCAUAAGAGACACAGGAUGAAGCAAGUGGUCUCCAUGAUCCAGCUGGAAGGCACCGCCUAUAUGCUGCCCAAUGAAUCAACCUUAGAAGUGCCUGCCGUAGAUGACAUUCCUAAAGAUGAGGCAGAGGGAGGCUCGGACACCAAAUCAACCCAGGAGUCAGAGAAGAAAGUUCCCAAUGGAACUAAAAAGGAUGUUAAUAGAAAUGAGUUUGAGGAGAAACCCCCUGCUUUAACAAAUAGAACAACACUUCAAGAGGAAGAAACUCCAGCAGAAAUGCCACUACAGGAAACAGAAAACAACUCAGCCUCGGAGAGUGCCAUACAGGAAAUAGACAAUACAGUAGAGGAAGAGGAACAUGAGCUGGGUGGAGAGGUCAGGAUGCAGAAAGAUGCAGAGUCAUCAUUCUUAAAAGAGGACAUUGCAACUAAGGAGGUAGAAUUUACCCCAAACUAUGAAGAUGGGACACAACUAAACCAAGUGGAAAUGCCUGCAUUGGUUACAAACAAAGAUACACCUUCAGGCACAAAAGAAAUGUCUUUAGAUUCCCCAGCAAGGGAAGUAGAGGCAGUGACACCAUCAGGCCAACAGGAGAAAAGUCACAUUUCAGAGAACAAUCAAGAUUCCCACUCAGAGCAAAGCACUGACUCCAUAUCUCCGUCACAGCAAGACAACAGCAGAUUUCAGUCUCCCACUAAUGAAGCAGCACUGGAGGCGCUUCAAAUGGCAAAGGAGGAGUGUAAUGACUUUGAAACGGGAGAAGACACUGGAAAGGGAGAAAAUGUGCACAUGGAUCACUAGUGAAAC